GUUGCCUUUUAUUCACUCAGAGAAGGAGGAAAAGGUGAGAGGAUUAAUACAGAGGGGAAAGUCUUCAUCCUCCGGGAUCCAAGUCCAGCAUUCCCGAAGGUUUCCCUGCUUCUCCGUGGCAGGUGCGUGGGCCUUGGCACCUGCGAGCCUUCGCAAGAUACCGCAAAAUACCUUGAGAAUCCGGGGUUCCACCUCCAACCUCAGGGAAGGCGCCCGGAAUUGAUCCAGUCCCUCCGCCCGAGCAUCCUGUGCGAACCGACGAUCAAGAGCGCGGGGCGAGCGCCUGCGCCGGGAGAAGCCACCCGGAAAGAGGGGGCGGGAAAAGAGAGGCGUCACGUGCGUAAGCGCCACGGUCCAUCCCAAGAGUGCUGCAGCCUCACUCGGCGCCGGUUCUUCUGCCUUUUUCCAUCUCCCUGCCCCGGGCAGGGGAGUCGUCCCCAGAGAGGCGGGGCUUGAAGAUAGACACCCAGAGAUAGAGAUUUAAAUUUCAUUUCCACCUUGAGUAGGGCAGCAGCAGCAGCAGCAGCAGCCCCGGCGAAGAGCCAGAGACUCGCUUGUUCUGAGCUGACCUAAGCUAAGCCUGCCGGUUUCUGCUGCUGCUGCUGCUGUUGCCGCUGCUACAUCUGCUGCAAAGUCGCCCGCCCGCCUGCUUGCCUGUCUGCCAGCUGGCCAGCCAUGGGUCACUCUGGAGAGCCGGGCCUCAUAGCCAACGUGGUGAACGACACCUUGGAGUUCUACCGCUGGACCUGGAGCAUCCGAGAUAAACGUGUUGACAACUGGCCUAUGAUGCAAUCUCCUUUUCCCACCUUGAUAAUAGGCACAUUUUACCUCCUCGCUGUUUGGCUUGGGCCGAAAUGGAUGAAGACAAAGGAGCCUUUCCAGUUUCGCUAUUUGUUGAUUUUUUACAACUUUGGAAUGGUCCUACUUAACUUCUAUAUUUUCAAAGAGCUGUUUUUGUCAUCAAGAGCUCGGGGAUACAGCUAUAUCUGCCAGUCUGUGGAUUACUCAGAUAAUGAAUAUGAAGUUAGGAUAGCAGGAGCUUUAUGGUGGUAUUACAUAUCCAAAGGGAUUGAGUAUCUGGACACAAUAUUCUUCAUCCUAAGAAAGAAAUUUAAUCAAAUCAGCUUUCUUCAUGUCUAUCACCAUUUCACUAUGUUUACUUUGUGGUGGAUUGGCAUAAAGUGGGUUGCAGGAGGACAAGCAUUUUUUGGAGCUCAUAUCAAUGCUUUCAUUCAUGUUGUUAUGUACAUGUAUUAUGGACUAGCUGCCUGUGGCCCAAAGUUCCACAAGUACCUUUGGUGGAAACGAUACCUGACCAUAAUGCAAUUAGUUCAGUUCCAUGUGACUCUUGGCCACACCGCCCUGUCUAUUUAUAUUGAUUGCCCCUUUCCUAAAUGGAUGCAUUGGGGUGUCAUUUUCUAUGCCACCACUUUCAUUAUUCUGUUUGGUAACUUCUACUAUCGGACAUACAAGAUGCCCAAGCAGCCCAAGGAGCUCAAGCAAAAAGAAAAGAAUGGCAAGAUCACCAAUGGCGUAAUAGCAAAUGGUAUAAGCAAAUUAGAAAACGGUGCAGUCAUGGAAAAUGGGAAAGUGCAUAAGAAAGCCAAAGGAGAGUAACUUGAUUCAAGCCUUAAACAUUGCGAGCAGUGAGGAUUCUUCAAUCUGAUAAUAAAAGAAAAGGAAAUACUGUCCUGUCUUUACCAAUUGACCUUUAGGUUAUUGAAGAGAUAGAAAACAUUAUUUAUGAAGAUUGUUUUAACAACAAAAAUCCUAUUGUAAUUAUGUAAUUAUUGAGAUUCGUUAACUUUAUGUAAACUUUUAGACUGUGGGUGUUGGUAAUGUAAGAAAGAAUUGCUGCAAUAUUACUUACUGUCAAUCCAAUGGUUAAAACUGCAGUUAACCAAGGCUAUAAUUGAUUUAUUGAAACAGACAUCUUUUUGAAAAAGAGAGCUUACAGAUUCUGCCAUUUCUAGUCAAUGUUUUAAGCAAAAAAAAAAAAGCCCUCAAUGAAAAUAUGGAGAGGGACGUUUGCUCUCUUUUUAAAUAAUUUGUAGUUUCUUAGUCUAAAUUAUACAGUAUUGCUGUAUUAGGUUGUUCUAAUUUUUCCCUUAUGUCUGUUACAUUGUUGUUCAUUGUGUGAAAAUACACCUACCUCUUUAUUUGGUAAAAAAUAACAACUACUAUUAAAUAUUCAUUUCUGAAAUAAGGAGCCCGUAAUAUAUUAUUUAGAAAAAACAUUGGUCUCCCAUUAACAAAACACAUUUUCUUAUUAACAAGCAUAAAACUACAUUUGAACAUCUUUGAUGAUUCUUGUAUCCAGUUGCACGAAAUGCAUGGUGUUGAUGCUUUUUCAAUGAUCAAAUGUAAAUAGUGGAUGGAUCAAAGAUAUAAAUCAAUUUUUAUUUUACUAAUGGCCUACUUACUGUAUUUUCCGGCGUAUAAGACGACUUUCUAACCAUGCAAAUCUUCUCCAAAGUCGUCUUAUACGCCCAGUCGUCUUAUACACCGGAAAAUACGGUAUUUAGCAUGGGAUGUAUUCAAUAUAAAGAGGAGAGGGAUUCAUAAUUACAAAGAACUUUGCAGUUGAAGGCUUGAAAUCCAUAGUUUACUGGGGUUUAACUGUGGAAGCAAGUACUUUGAUGCCGUGACCAGAUGCACUGUACCUAUAUUGUGGUGAAUUGUUUAUUCACACAAUAAUCUUGCUCUUUGGUACUGUAAAACCUCUAAAUUCAUGUGUUUAAAACAGGCUCUGUGCAUGUACUGAUGGCUCUUGCGAUCGCAUCCCUGCAAGAGCAAUAAUGGUUUCGUAAAAAGAUUCUAUUCUUUCCAUAUCAGCUUCUCCAAGUGUUAUUUCCAUGGAUGCUCUUCUCAUUCCUUCUGCUGCACCAUUGUGGCUUCUCUCUAAAGUUUGAUAGAGUACCUCAAGCUCUUCUCCACUAUGAACUGCAUACAUUAUAUUGCACUACAAUGAAGAAAGUACAAUAAUGACUCUUCAUUUGCACAGCCAAGCAAUUUGGAGAGAAGUCAUGAUUUGCUCCAGCUUGGAGUGACUUUGAGGGAGAGCUGCAUCACCCAGAAGGUCUUUAGAUUUCUCCGUUCUAAGUACAAGAGCCCAUCCUCAUGUAUUUUUGAGAAACAGUUCUUUCUAGCAGCAUAUUUUAUAUCAUGGAAAUAAAGUUAUUUAGUUGAGAUAGAAGCUCACGGAAUAUUCUGUUUUAUUUUACUUGUCUUGUAUUGUCUACAAUAAACAACAGGAAAACAAAAUCA